CUCUGAAAGAUAGGUUCUGACAUGUAGGAGCAGUGAGCAUUGCAUAAGAAGUUGUUAACUGUCAUACAGAGAGAGAGAUAUAUAUUUACUUUAAAACUCCAGUUCUCUAUGAUAAACGUGCUUAUGUGAAAUGAGAUUUGUGCUAUAUCUCGCAUAGCCCAAUUGUGUUGUUACUGCAAUUUAAAGAAACCGCUCCAUCAGUCCCAUUCGAUACGUGAUUGGAGUGUCGUUGUGACGACAUAAUCUUGCGCAGUGGUGUCUCGACAUCAUCUGAUAAUGGAUUAAAACAGGAUAAGCAUAUUAUAAUAUCGCUUUAUUUGUAGUGAACACCACGUUAAGUGUAGGGGCAAGUAAACAAAAUUAAAAAUGUCAGCUGGUUUUGAUGAAAAUCCCUUUGGGGAGCCAACAGAACCUUUUGCGGAUCCAGCAAUUCAACAAGUGACCAGUAAUACAAGCAGUGUACAGAGAGGUCUUGAAGAUUAUAAUCCAUUCGCCGACCAGGGAGAUCAGAGAUUUCCUGCACAGGUACGAGGUGCAGCGAACCCUCCGCCAUACCUAAAUGCCAGUGCAACACAACCAGCAGCUCAACCAGCCAUCAUGCAGCCAACGCAUGAGGCUCCACCCCCGCCAUAUACUCGAAGUGGUCAGCAAACUCAGCAGCAACAGCCACAGAUAACAACAGCAGAAUUCCAGCGAAGACAGGAAGAACUUGAAAGAAAAGCCCAGGAGUUGGCCCGCAGAGAAGAGGAGUUGAAGAAUGCACCAUAUAAUGCUCGCCGUAACAAUUGGCCACCUCUACCAGAGAAGUGCUGUUUCCAACCAUGUUUCUACCAGGAUAUUAAUGUUGACAUACCACUAGAGUUCCAGAAAAUUGUUCGUUACCUGUAUUAUCUUUGGAUGUUUCACGCAUGUAUAAUGCUGCUGAAUGUGUUUGGUGGCCUGCUGCUAAUGUUUAGUGUGGCUGACUUCACAACAUUUGGACUGGGACUGUUGUAUCUAAUUCUGUUCACACCAUUCUCAUUCCUAUGCUGGUACAGACCAGCUUAUAAGGCCUUCAGGAGUGAUAGCUCUUUCAACUUCAUGGUAUUUUUCUUCGUUUUCUUUUUUCAAUUUAUUGUGACUGUAAUACAAGCAAUUGGCAUCCACGGAUCAGGUACUUGUGGUAUCCUCCUUGCUGUACAGCAGUUUAGUACUGGUGGAGCAGGUGUUGCAGUGGGUGUGAUAUUAUUAAUUGUUGCUAUUGGUUUUGUUGGGGCCGCAUGCGUUGAUUUGCUGCUGUUGUCAAAGAUCCAUCGGAUUUAUCGGAGUACUGGUGCAAGCUUUGCUAAAGCUCAGCAGGAGUUCACAUCGGAGUUCCUACGCAAUGAACAUGUUCAGAAUGCUGCAACCAGUGCUGCUGCUGCUACCGUCCGUGCCCAGAUGAACAAUAGCAACAGCAGCCGUUACUGAAUGAAGACUGAAAAGGAAUGUAUGCUAUUCAAAUUGUCCAUGUAGUAGACAAAAUGUACACCUUUCUAGCUUAUCUUGGUGUACGGAAAUAAUCAAAUUCUCAUGAGCUCCCUUGGUUGUACAUCAGUGACUCAAAGUGUGUUCAGUUGACUUUACACAAUUUUUUAUACAUAUAUUCGUGAAAAUGUGUACUUACGUACAGAGGUUUAUCAGCUGUUUCUUAACACAGUUUUGUAUUGAAUUUUGUUAUUGAAAGCACAUGUUAAUUAUAAAAUUAUUAUGAAGUCUGUGCUUACUAAUUGUAGUGUCGUUAUUGAAGAAAAACUGUUGACUAAUUCACACGUUUGAGCUGUGGCGAAGGUAGCAUUUCUGUGUGUCAUGUGUAACAUUGGUACUGAGAAUUUGUAUAUAAAUAUCAUCGGCACAUAACAGAAUUUAAAAUGGAAAUAUUAUAUAAUUCUGUAUGUAGUAUUUCCACAUUUAUCCCUCCAUUACAGUUUUGACAUUUCUAAAGUUGUAAUUAACUUUAUGUAAUAAAUCAGUAAUAUAAUGUAUUUGUCUUUUGCCCUUUGGUAUUAAUCUGUCAGUUGAGUAUUUCAUUGGUACUUAGUUUUCUUUAGAAAGCUCAUAUGCUUUCCUAGUGGCGAUCAAAGAGAAAAUAUGAUAUGGCUUAUUGUGCUUGUGCUUUAUUUUGUGCCACAGAAGUUGUACAAGUGAUUAUGAUCAUAAAGGCAGGCAUGAACUUUGAACUUAUAUUGCAAUUUUAUUUUUAAUAAAGUUAAUAUUUUUUAUUAA